UUCUCUUUCACCGGCUAUCGAUCUCAACAUUAUCGUUCUCCUCCCCACCAUUCAGAUUGUGCCACGUCUUGUCCCAAAUCUGAACGGCUGAGCCAGCCCAUGUUGUCCCGGUUAUAGCAAGGUCGACGAGCGUCCUAAACGAGCCACACGCAACCCACUGGUUUAGGUCUGGACUACCUAAAAGUUGAAGCAUUAUCUCAGGGGUUUUAGGAUUUUUAAUGAAUAUAAGUACAGAAAUCUGUAUCAGAAGUAAGCUUUCAAUUGAUAACACUAAAGGUUGACUUGAUUGAGUGAUUCGUUUAAAAAAUUGAUUCGAUUGCUCUUUAACAGAAAUGGCUGGAAGUUCUGAAGGAUUAAAUGAUUCUGGUAACAAUUUGGCUGUUGCUGAAGAGAAGCUUGAUGAACUACGGCGUCUUCUUGGCAAAGCCGAGGGUGAUCAGCUAAACAUUGUGGGGAUUGGAGCUGGUGCCUGGGGUAGUGUUUUUGCAGCUCUUUUGCAAAAUGCUUAUGGCCAAUUUCGAGAGAAAGUUCAGAUUAGGAUAUGGAGAAGACCCGGAAGGUCAGUUGAUAGAUCCACAGCGGAGCACCUAUUUGAAGUUAUCAAUUCAAGGGAGGAUAUAUUGAGAAGGCUCAUUAGGCGUUGCGCGUAUUUAAAAUAUGUUGAAGCUAGAUUAGGUGACCGAGUUUUGCAUGCAGAUGAAAUUCUGAAAGAUGGGUUUUGCCUGAACAUGAUUGACACACCCCUCUGUCCUAUGAAGGUUGUUACGAACUUGCAAGAAGCAGUGUGGGAUGCUGACAUUGUUAUUAAUGGCUUACCGUCAACUGAAACUCGUGAAGUGUUUGAAGAGAUUAGUAGAUAUUGGAAGGAGAGAAGAAUGUCUCCCAUUAUAAUCUCUUUAACCAAGGGUAUCGAAGCUGCACUGGAGCCUGUGCCUCAUAUCAUAACUCCCACGCAGAUGAUUAGCCGAGCAACUGAAGUACCUAUGGAGAACAUUCUUUAUCUUGGAGGGCCAAAUAUUGCUUCAGAGAUUUAUAAUAUGGAGUACGCCAAUGCUCGAAUCUGUGGCACUGAAAAGUGGAGGAAGCCUCUCGCAAAGUUUUUAAGACAACCUCAUUUCAUCGUGUGGGAUAACAGUGAUCUAGUUACUCAUGAAGUAAUGGGUGGAUUAAAGAAUGUUUAUGCCAUUGGAGCUGGAAUGGUCGCUGCACUAACCAAUGAAAGUGCAACGAGCAAGUCAGUUUAUUUUGCACACUGUACAUCAGAGAUGAUAUUUAUUACUCAUCUGCUGGCUGAAGAACCAGAGAAACUUUCUGGGCCUUUGCUGGCUGAUACUUAUGUGACGUUAUUGAAAGGUCGAAAUGCAUGGUAUGGCCAUAUGUUAGCCAAGGGUCUAAUAAGUCUUGAAAUGGGUGAUAGCAUCAAAGGAAAAGGAAUGAUUCAGGGGGUAUCUGCUGUGGGAGCAUUUUAUGAGUUGUUAAGCCAGGCUUCUUUGAGCAUCCCACAUCCUGAAGAAAACAAGCCUGUUGCGCCUGCUGAGCUUUGCCCCAUACUGAAAACACUUUAUAAAAUACUUAUUAAAAGGGAGCUUCCUUCGCAAGCCAUUCUACAAACACUGAGGGAUGAAACCAUGAAUGACCCACGAGAUCGCAUAGAGAUUGCACAAAGCCAUGCAUUCUACAGACCUUCACUUCUUCGACAACCUUGACCACCUGCAUCAACUUUUUGUGUGUGUGUGUGUUUGAUGCUAUGGUCAUAUGAUCAAAGGCUAAACAUGAUUGUUGAAAAACUUUGACUCUAUGGAUUACUUUCAUUUCAGUCUUUUCUAACUAAGUUUAAUUGGUUGUAUUUUAACUUCAUGAUUCAGAGCUUUUACUGUUCCAAAUGCACUAGCUACCUGCAAUAUUAUGAUUUUUUUCUUUUAA